AUGCAAUCAAAUAAACCAAACAACUUUCAAUUUGAAAACGAACAAGAUGAAAUUAUUAGAGAUUCAAAAGCCGAAUUAAAAAUGACCUCAAGUGAAUUUUUAGAAGAACAGUCAAAGCAAUUAGCUAAUUUUAACAAAGAAAGAAUUGCAAGCGGAACACAAAGAGUUGGCUCAACUUUAAAAUUAAAAGAUACUGCAGCUCCAAAUAUGAAUAUCAUGUUGUUUAAUCCAAAAGAUGGUAAUACUUUUAAAGAAAAAGAUACAACUUUAAAUGACGCGUCUAAAACUAAUGAAUCAAUUAAUUCGUGGGCAUCCGUGUUAGAAUUAUCAAAAAAGAGGAAAAUUGGUGGUGAUUCAACUGGCUUGAACCAAAGUAAAGAUAACAAUCAAGGUACUGUUUCAAGAUUUUUCAACUCCAAUACUAAUAGAACAAAUAAAUAUUUUGAAAAAAAAGUAGCAGAAAGGGAAUCAAAAAAGAGAAAAAUUGGUGGUAACUCAAUUGGACCAAACCAAAGCAAACAAAUCCAAUUUAGCAAUCAAAGUACUGUUUCAAAAUUUUUCAAAAACUCCAAUCCCGAAAAAUCAAAUAAAAAUUCUGAAUCAAAAGCAACAGAAAUUAAUGAUGCAAUCGCAAUCAGUUCAAAUGGUGGUGGAGAUGUAAAUACUGUUGAAAAAUCAAAUACCGUUAAAAAAUCAAAGACUGCGCCUUUAGAGCAAAUAACGAUUGGUGACGUUACCUCGGGUAAUUACUCAGAUAAUUAUAAUUUAAAACUUCAAUACCCCGACUUUGGAAGAUUGGCUAAACAUACGCAGCAAUUAUAUGUACUCCUUCAGACCUGUCUGGAUAUAUACACUGAUGAUAAUUUACCUAAUUUUUCAAAAGUUGGUGAAAUACUCGGUUUAACAUCAAAAGCAUUGUCGCUAUUAGAGUUCAACUUUUUCAAGAUGUUUGAUGCAAAUAAGUGGUCCCUUUACCCUGAUGGUAUUAUCAGAUCAAAUUUUAUGAUGGCGAAUAGAAUGAAUUAUCAAGAAAGAAACUCAGAAUUCAUUUUAAAACAACAUGAUGGAGACAGAGGUAAAUUUCAAUUGUCUAAGGAAGAAGCAUCUUGUUUCCAAAAUUUAUCGGGCCCAAAAAAAGAAUUUUUGACGUUGCUUAAAGAUAAAAGAAACUUUUUAUUGGACAACACUCCGGAUUUACAAAAAAUUUUCCUCUUAUUGGAUUUAUUUGAAGAUGAUAAGACUCAGGGCAGUAUUGUGAAAAUGUACCAACGUCUUUCACCAACAGCUAAGGAUAAUGCAGAUAGACAGUGUUACAUAAUUGUUAAUGAUCGUUGUAUGAAAAUUGUACGGAAAGCAUCUAAAUACGGCAAUUUACAAUCUGCGAUUGGUGAUAUUGUUCAUUUUGAGAAUAUAGUGCCCACUUUUACACACAAAAAUAAAGAAAAUGAACCAAUUGAAUUAAGCAUUAGUGAUGAUAUUCUUCUUCAACACCCUGGUAUUAUGCUAUCAUCUACCACAAUGAGAAAUUUAUAUAUCUUGCUUCAAGAAAGGUAUUUUUAUCAGGGAAUAGGUGAUCCCGAUUUUACAAAGAUCUCAAAAUAUUUAAAAUUAGAAGGCAAAGAAUUGAGAAAAUUAAUUAACACCUUUAAUAAACAGCUUAGAGAAACAAAAAGUUUGGCAACAUAUACAGACGGUAUAAUUAGAUCUUCCUUCAUGAUGGAAAAUCAAAUUGAUGUGAAUGAAAGAAACACGACUUUUAUUUUAAACGAGUACAAUAUGAAUAAAGAAAAACUAAAACUUACUGAGGACCAAAAGCUGGGUUUUCCAAUUAUUGGUGAAAUGAAACUUAACUUUUUGAGAUUUCUUACAAGCGAUGAUUAUAUUUUAAAGAACAAUUAUCCAGACUUCUUCAAGAUAUUUUAUUGCAUGGGCAUUUUGAAAGAUGCUGAUAUUGUAAAAAGAAUGAGGCAAUUUUUUGCAACAAACCUAUCCCAAAAUAAACUUGGUAUUUUAAAUCAAAGAUUGCAAAAGUCUAAUGCGGAAUCUCCGGUGCGGAAUAAUCUUGGUAUGAAUACAAAUGUAACCUUAUCUGCUUCUGAAAAAGUUUUCAGCAUUAAAGAGUUCAUAGAAGGCCAUAUCAAAAACGGAAUAGAACUACAAGAACCGAAUUUUAGAAGGUUUCCUGAAAGAGGUCAACAUCUAUAUAUUUUACUACAAGAUCACAAGUACUAUCAAGGAGGAGAGGUUGAUUUUCUGAAGAUAUUUAAGGAAAUGGAUGUUUUUCUAGAACAUGAUCAACACUUGCUUCGAGAAGCCUUGAAAAAUAAUUUGCACAAGUACAAGAAUUGGAAAGUUUACUCCGAUGGAAUUAUUCGGUCUACCUUCAUGUUUGAUAAUGGUAUGGAUGUGAGUCAAAGAAACAUCAAGUUUAUUGAAAACGAGAUCGAAAAUGAAAGAUCUAAGUUCACUUUUACAAAUGAAGAAUUCGCUGCAUUAUCAGAUGUUACAUCAAAUACUAAGCUAAAAUUAUUCAAAUUAUUGAAAAAUCCUAAAAAUGUAUUAAAAGAUCCUUCAAAUAAUCCCGAUUGGUAUAGAAUUUUCGUUGCUUUUGGUAUUUUGCUGGAUCAAAAAGCACAAAGAAAUAUAAAGGACCAUUUCUCGAACGCCAUAUCUGAUCUUGAUUUAAUCAUUGAAGAUGGUCGUUACAGUGUUGAUACUGAUAAAUUGAUAUAUUUAAGUAACUUUAAGGUUGAGGAUUAUAUUGAUGAAGAUUUGCUGCUUGAGUUGCAAGUUGAGAUUCCCAGUUACAUGCAAAUGGAGCCGAUGGUACAAGUCUUAUAUUCUUUAGUGAGACAAAAAGAUUUUAUGCAUAACGGUGUUCCCAAAUGGGAAGCUUUACGUCAAAAAUUGAAGAUUGAGCUGGACUCCGUCCUUAAGUAUUUGCAAAAUAUAUAUAAGCGAAAAAUGAAAGAAUAUUGGAUCUUGUCAGCAGAUGGUACUAUAUCUUUCAAAAUUAGACGGAGACUAACGCUGGGCAAUAUCGUGGAUCCUGUUGCUAAUGAGUAUGUCGAAGAGUCAAAUGGGAUCUCUUACAUGGUGGUACAAAGGUGA